AUGGUAAAUACAUCAAAUAAACCCAUAGAAAUAAGGCGUAGAAAACCAAAUUUGAAAAUAAUGCCCGACAAAGAAAAUGAAAAUAAUCCAGCUGGAAAAGAUGCAGAAAGUAAAAUAUUGCAAGUUGAAGAAAACUUAACCAUAGAUACCACAGAAAAGAAGAAGAAAAUAUCCGAUAAAAAUCUCCACUUAAUAAAAGAACACAAACAGAGCAGGUUUUCAAUAUUAUUUAUAUUAUUAUCGUUAUAUACGAGUAUUAGAAUAUCAUUAAUUAGCAUGGUAACCAGUGUUGGGUUUGCGUAAAAAAUGCCUCGGCCACGGUUUUAUACUGGGGUCUCAAUUCGUUUUUCUUGGUAUCUCAUAAAUAAUUGAACAAGGACUAAAGACACGUCCAAAUUAAAUUCUUGUCUUAACAGCGGAAUCAUGUCAACAUUUAAUUUCAAUUUCAAACCAAGGAUUACCAUUUUUAUUUAUAACUAAAAAAAAAAAGAGCUGAUACUGGGGUGUACCGCUGAUUUAGGUGAGAAGUCGGUAAGGUAGGACGCAUAAAGUAAUUUAAUUUAUAUACCUACGAUUAUCGAUAAACCAUUGCUAAGAAAUAACAAUUCGGAACGAAUUUCGUUAUGACAUAUUUUGAUAGUUCGUAAUUUUUACGAUUUUUUCAAAAUUUGAUCCCAAAACGUUUAUGCAAAAACAAUGACGAAUGCAUUAAAAUCAAAUUUGUUUUUUAGAUCACCAAGUAAAACCUAUAAUGUGCCUUGUAUUUUGAAUAGGGAAAAGUGGACGUAGGCCGUUUGGACGUGGGGACAAUUGGACGUCACAAAAAAAAAAAAAAAUCGUAUAAAUCAAUCAUUAAACAUAUUUGUAGUAAAAUUUUCUGCUGGUUUAUCUAUAUUUAUAAAUUAUAAAUCCACUGAUAUUAUGUUCAUAAUACAUAAUAUUUCCUAAAUACAAGCUGGGCGAGAUGUAUUUUACGGCCAAUUCGAAGCAGUUACAUUCCCUCUAAAAAAUAAAAUUAAUUAAUUAAUUCGGAUAAACGAAUUUUAAGAAUUGUGCAGUUAUCAAAGUAGAACUAAAGUACCAGUUUUACGCGGAAUCCCUCAAAUAUUUCUUUACGUUAAUAUACUAUUUUUGACAUUAAAAACUUUUUAAAUAUUGUAUAUACAUAUUUGGCGUGUUCGUAAUUAAUUUAAUUAGUAUAAAUAACUAUUUUUGAUAUUGUAUUUUAAUUGUUGACUUACCCUAUUAUAAUAAAAAAAAUAUUUCAGAUUUUUUUUUACGUAUUAUAAUAAAUAUAUAAAUAAAUUAUUGACCGAUUUAUAUAUAUAUUUUUUUUUUUACGUCCAAUUGUCCUAAUGUCCAAACGGCCACGUCAAAACGACUACGUUCGUUUGUCUUAGAUCGAUUGUAUUUAAUGUUCGAACAUUCAAAUUUUAAUAACAGAUACCUACUGAAUAAAAUUACAUAUUAAAAAAACACAAGAAUAUCAAACACCUAAUAAUAGCCUAAAAAUAUUUACAAUUAUUUGAAAAUCUUACCACGAUUACCAAAGGCUAAUACAAGUAUUUUGUGAAAACUACAGAUUGAGACAAUAAUUUUUCAAACAAAUAACAACAAAAAGCUCAAAUACCAUACACUUAGCAAAAUUUCCCCACGUUUUUCCCGGUUUUUCAUAACUAUUGGUAAAACUAAAUGGAAAAUCAAGCAAUGACUUACUCGCAAACCAAAAAAAAUUUAAUUUCAGAAAAUAUUCUAUUUUUGAAUUUUGGACAAUGGAAUCGAUAACGUCCACGGCGUUUAAAUAUUUUAUGUUUUACCUAUAAUUAUAUAUAUAUAUUAUACCCGGUUUUUCAUAAUUAUUUUGAGAACCCCUUCGAAAACCAAAAAAUAACCUCUCGAAUUUACCAACUAGAUACAAUUUUCUUUCAAAAUAGAUACCAUACACUUGGUACAUAUGCUCACAGACAGAAAAUACAAAAUAAAAAAAAAAAAGAUAAAACAAAGGAUUUUAUUUUCCGAGUGUUUAUAAAAAUUAAUUAUUCGAUUAUUUAACAUAUGGGAUAGAAAUGAGGUUUAAAAUUGCGAUGUACCACAUAACAAUUUGAUAAGUGGUGAUUCCAGAACCUACCUGUUAUAAAUAUUCUCGUUUGUACAUUUAUGCGUAUAAAAUAUAGAUAUUAUAUAGAUAGUAUAUUAAUAUUUAUUUAUUGACGUUGUGUGUAUAUUUUGUUUAAGUAAUCCAAGUAAAACGCCAAAAAGGCUAAAAGCCAAACCAGAUACAAGCAUUAUGGAAAAUUCAUUUACGAUUCAGAAUCAAAUUAAAAUUAACAUACAGUGUAACCCCAAAGUAUCGUAUUCCAGAAGACCCGGUCAACAGAAAAACAAUUUGUUACCACGGAGACCGUUUAGAUAA